UCUGCUUUCAGACCUUCCCUGGAAAUGGCCCUCUCCGUGGACUCAUCUUGGCCCAGGUGGCGGUGGCAAGUCCCAGACGGCUUCCCGGGGUCUCCAUCAGAGACCACGGCACUGCUCCCUCCAGAGAGGGGGAGGCAGAACCCCAGCCUGCCGCAGCAGCGGGUUGUGGUCCCCAACAACAGCCUUUGCCACCAGGAUUGGGAAAAGGUCUCCAGGAGAUACUCGGGCAACAGAAUCUGCACGACCAAGUACAGCCUCCUCACCUUCCUGCCCCGGAAUCUCUGUGAGCAGUUUCACAGAGGGGCCAACCUCUACUUCCUGUUCCUGGUGAUUCUGAACUGGGUGCCCUCCCUGGAGGUCUUCCACAGAGAGAUCACCAUGCUCCCCCUGGCCAUCGUGCUGCUCAUCAUCAUGGUCAAGGAUGGCAUGGAGGACCUCGAGAGACACCGCUUUGAUAGAGAGAUAAACCACUCCAGCGUCAGAAUAUAUGAAGGAAAACAGCAGCGCUACGUGCAGAAGUGCUGGAAGGAUGUGCGCGUGGGCGACUUCAUCCAGAUGCAGUGCAAUGAGAUCAUCCCUGCGGACACACUCCUCCUCUUUUCCUCAGACCCCAGCGGGAUCUGCCACCUGGAGACGGCCAACUUGGAUGGAGAGACAAACCUCAAGCAAAGAUGUGUCGUGAGGGGCUUCUCCCAGCAGGAGCUGCAGUUCCAACCAGAGCACUUCUGCAAUACCAUCGUGUGUGAGAAACCCAACAACCACCUCAACAAAUUUAAGGGUUACAUGGAGCAUCCCGACCAGACCAGGACUGGCUUCGGCAGUGAGAGUCUUCUGCUUCGAGGCUGCACUAUCAGAAACACGGAGGUGGCUGUUGGCAUUGUCAUCUACGCAGGCCAUGACACAAAAGCCAUGCUGAACAACAGCGGCCCCCGGUACAAACGCAGCAAGAUCGAGCGGCGCAUGAACACAGACAUCUUCUUCUGCAUCGGGCUCCUCUUCCUCAUGUGUCUCAUUGGAGCUGUAGGUCACGGCCUCUGGAAUCGGAACUUUAAGGAACACCCUCCCUUCGACGUGCCGGAUGCCGACGGCCACUACCUUUCCCUGGCUCUGGGGGGUUUCUACAUGUUCCUCACGAUGAUCAUCCUGCUCCAGGUGCUGAUCCCGAUCUCAUUGUACGUGUCCAUUGAGCUGGUAAAGCUGGGGCAAGUAUUCUUCCUGCACAAUGACCUUGACCUCUACGAUGAGGAGACGGAUCUGUCCAUUCAGUGCCGAGCCCUGAACAUCACCGAGGACCUGGGCCAGAUCCAGUACAUCUUCUCCGACAAGACGGGGACGCUGACCGAGAACAAGAUGGUGUUCCGGCGCUGCUCCAUCAUGGGCAGAGAGUAUUGUCACCAAGAAAAUGCCAAGCGACUAGAGACCCCAAAGGAACUGGACUCGGACAGUGAAGAGUGGACCCAAUACCGAUGCCUGUCCUUCCCAGCCAGAUGGACCCAGGGCCCUGCAACAAUGCGAAGCCAAGGUGGUGCCCAGCCUCUGAGGAGAUGCCAUAGUGCCCGGGUGCCCAUCCAAGGCCACUCCCGACAAAGGUCUGUAGGACGCCGUGAGAGCUCACAGCCUCCUGUGGCCUUCAGCAGCUCCAUAGAAAAAGAUGUGACUCCAGAUAAAAACCUACUGACCAAGGUCCAAGAUGCUGCCCUGUGGCUGGAGACCUUAUCGGAUGCCAGACCACCCAAGUCGUCUCACUCCACCACGUCCUCCAUCGCUGACUUCUUCCUUGCCCUAACCAUCUGCAACUCUGUCAUGGUUUCCACAACCACAGAACCCAGACAGAGGGUCACCAUCCCACCCUCCAGCAAGGCUCUUGGGAUGUCCCUGGAGAAGAUCCAACAGCUCUUCCAGAGGUUGAAGCUAAUGAGCCUCAGCCAGUCAUUCUCAUCCACUGUGCCCUCUGACACAGACCUGGGGGAGAGUUUCGGGGCUAACAUGCCCCCCACAGACUCAGACGAGAAAGACGAUGCCUCCGUGUGCAGUGGAGACUGCUCCACGGAUGGCGGCUACAGGAGCAGCACGUGGGACCAGGGUGACAUCCUGGGGUCCGAGUCAGGGGCAUCCUUGGAGGAGGUACCAGGGGCCCCAGCUCUCAGCCUGACCAGCCCCGAGUUCUGUUACGAGGCCGAGAGUCCCGACGAGGCAGCCCUGGUGCAUGCUGCUCAUGCCUAUAGCUUCACGCUGGUGUCCCGGACACCUGAGCAGGUGACUGUGCGUCUGCCCCAGGGCACCUGCCUCACCUUUGACCUCCUCUUCACCCUGGGCUUUGACUCUGUCAGGAAGAGAAUGUCUGUGGUUGUGAGGCACCCGCUGACCGGUGAGAUCAUCGUCUACACCAAGGGAGCAGACUCAGUUAUCAUGGACCUGCUGGAAGACCCAGCCCACGUGCCUGACCUUGAUGUGGAAAAGAAGCUGAAGAAGAUCCACGCCCGGACCCAAAAACAUCUAGACUUGUAUGCAAGAGAUGGUUUACGUACCCUGUGCAUCGCCAAGAAGGUAGUGAGUGAAGAAGACUUCAGGAGAUGGGCGAGUUUCCGGCGUGAGGCCGAGGCAUCCCUUGACAACAGAGAUGAGCUUCUAAUGGAGACAGCACAGCGUCUGGAGAAUCAACUCACCUUACUGGGAGCCACUGGGAUCGAAGACCGGCUGCAGGAAGGAGUUCCAGACACAAUUGCUGCUCUGCGGGAGGCUGGGAUCAAGCUCUGGGUCUUGACAGGAGAUAAGCAAGAGACAGCGGUCAAUAUUGCGUAUUCCUGCAGACUGUUAGAUCAGACCGACACCGUUUACUCCAUUAAUACUGAGAAUCAGGAGACCUGCGAAUCCAUCCUCAAUUGUGCACUGGAAGAGGUCAAGCAGUUCCAGGAGCCAAAGAAGCCAGGCUGCAAGCUCUUUGGCUUCCGCCUCCCUCCUAAGACACCAUCCCCCACCACCAGAGCUAUGGCUCCGGAAGUUGGACUGGUCAUCAAUGGGAAGACGCUGAAUGUCAUUUUCCAGGGAAAGCUGGAGAAGUUGUUUCUGGAGCUGACCCAGUAUUGCCGGUCUGUCCUGUGUUGCCGCUGCACCCCGCUUCAGAAGAGUAUGAUCGUCAAGUUGGUGCGAGACAAACUGGGCGUCAUGACCCUUUCCAUAGGUGAUGGAGCAAACGACGUAAGCAUGAUUCAAGCCGCCGAUAUUGGGAUUGGAAUAUCUGGACAGGAAGGCAUGCAGGCUGUCAUGUCCAGUGACUUUGCCAUCUCCCGCUUCCGGCACCUCAAGAAGCUGCUGCUUGUGCAUGGUCACUGGUGUUACUCGCGCCUGGCCAGGAUGGUGGUGUACUUUUUCUACAAGAAUGUGUGCUACGUCAACCUGCUCUUUUGGUACCAGUUCUUCUGUGGUUUCUCUGGCUCCACCAUGAUCGAUUACUGGCAGAUGAUAUUCUUCAACCUCUUCUUCACUUCCCUGCCACCUAUCAUCUUCGGAAUCCUCGAUAAAGAUGUCUCUGCAGAAACCCUGCUGGCGCUGCCCGAGCUCUACAAGAGUGGCCAGAACUCCGAGAACUACAACCUGUCGGCUUUCUGGAUUUCCAUGGCGGAUGCGUUCUACCAGAGCCUCAUCUGCUUCUUUUUCCCCUAUCUGACCUACAGAGGCUCUGACAUCGACGUCUUUACCUUUGGGACACCAAUCAACACCAUCUCCCUCAUCACAAUCCUCUUGCACCAGGCGAUGGAAAUGAAGACCUGGACCCUUGUCCAUGGACUUGUUCUGCUAAGCAGCUUCCUGAUGUACUUUGUGGUCUCCGUGGUGUAUAACGCCACCUGCAUCACCUGCAACAGUCCCACCAAUCCCUACUGGGUGAUGGUGAACCAGCUCUCAGACCCCACGUUCUACCUCAUCUGCUUCCUCACACCUGUCGCGGCUCUCCUCCCAAGAUACUUUUUCCUGUCUCUACAAGGAACUUACGGGAAAACUCCCAUCUCAAAAGCUCAGAAAAUUGACCAACUGCCCACAGAAAAAAGAAACCUGGAAAUCCAGAACUGGAGAAGCAAACUAAGACCUGCCACUACUCCUGUAGCAGCUCAGCCCACUCAUGGUCCAGUGCCACCUGUCCCAGAGCAGGACUUCAGGACCAGCACCCCAAAGAGCUCUAGUCCUCCCAAGCGAAAGCACGUGGAAGACUGGGUGUUCCGUGGACAGAGAAGCAGCAGAGAACAUGGGAGGGAUGGCCCAUGCUCAGGGGACUUCUCAGCUCAACUCUCAUCUGGGGAGCAUCUUCUAGGGCCAAAUAGGACACCGGGUCCCAGAGCCUGCUCCAGGGAACAGACGGAUGUGUCCCGGCCCUUGACCAGAGGCAGCCAUCGUCGAUCCCAGAGCUCACUGACCAUAUGAGAGACUGUAGAAAUUCAUGCAGACUCAGAAGAGGCCAUUGGAUCACUGGCCCGAGUACCCCUUGACCCUUCCUCAUAGAGGGAAGAAUGGGCCAGCCUUACUCUUUGUUACCUACCAGACCCGACUUCCUUAAGGGUUCCAAGGAGGUUGAUUAAGAAGGACCGAAAGGCCAGUCCACCUCCAAGUUUCCUCUGCUGCUGAGCCGCAUGUCUUGUAAACAGGGGUUUUAUAAGGAGGCUAUGUUUCUAUUGCACUGAGUUCCCCAACUUUAUUUUAUUUUUUUUAGCCCAAGUAUUCUUAUGAUCUUCUAAAUAAUUGAAACCUAGAACCAAAUGUAACUGGGCCACACAUUUCCACUAUUCCAAGAAGCAUACCAACCCAGGCAAGAACUCAGGAACAUACUGGGUUUGUCAAACCAUCACCUCACACCGCAGUGCCAAGAGCUGAAGUCUCAGAUGAGACCUUUGUGUACAAGGGCUUUAUCUCCAUGACCAACUCAAGGUUAACAUCGCUUCCAUUCAGAGAGUUAGUCUGCUUUCUGUCUCUACGCCAAAGAAAAAACAAUCUAAAGAUGCUUCCAAGAGCUGUGGGGUCACAGCUAGUGUAAGACGGAAGGGUGCGCAUGCUAAAGGUAAUAGGUGCACCAGAGGACCCUGUUCAAACUAAUGGACCACAGGUGCCACCAUCUGGGAAAUCUUCCAAGAGGACACAGAAGCACCCUAUUCUUAAAACUAUUUAUUUUAUUUAUUUAAAAUAAAAUUUCUCAUCCACAUUCAGCUCUUAGAACAGGAAAAAAAUCCAAUGAUCAAGAGAUCCUAACACAUCUGCACCCACCAUAUGAUAGAGCAAUUCUAAACGACAUCUUAAAGGAUAGGGCUAAGUAUUAAGCCCCACACUCAUUAGCUUCUCCCAAGAAUAUCACCACAAGAAUGACACUGCUUCAAUUAAAUUAAGUCAGGGGAAAUCUCACUUCACAGAAAAAAGAAGGUUUGCAUAUACUUUAUAUUCCUAGAGGUCAUAAAUGCCAAAAAUAUAGAAUUGUAACAGGCUUUCAAGAAAAACUAUGUCUACUGUUGGUAGUGGUAACCUAUGCCCAGUCUUUUAAGAUAAGCCAGAGUGGGUUAUGGAGCCCUCGCGACCUUGAGCUAGAGACUGCAGAUUAGGUGAUAAGUAUACUAGUGGGUGCAACAAGUGUGGCAAAUCUUAGAACCUGAGAACCACAACCACCAGUCGUGACUUGACCUAUCACUUGAAUAACUCCUAGCAAAAAGGCCCCAAAAGAGCUCAAAACAAUCAAGUUGCCAUUGGCAGACUAAGCCGACCAUCCUCUUGGAAAACCUGGACUUGAGCCAUUUGGAGCAUCAUCCUGAAGCCAAUAUCACUGUAUCUCUCUGUCUCUACCAUACCAUGAUGCUUCAUGGACAGCAGGUGGGUGCUCAAGGGCAUCCAACAUGGAGAUUGCUAUGGGGAGACCAACAGCAGGCAGAGAAGAAAGGAUUUGAAUUGUUCCAAGGGAGGAGAUCAGUCAAGACCUGGCUCUUAGGGUCCCACUCUUCCCAUGAUUCUUGCCUACUGUUGUAGCCAGAAAGAUCCAGGUAGAAUGUUCUAGAAGAGAAUAGCACAGUGGCCUCCAGAGAUCCAAGUUUGAGUCUGUGCUCUGCCUCUAUAUUCUUUUGGGAUCCAGGAGCCUUGAAACAGGAUACUGCACUUGCAUAUUGGGUUAGAACUGUCCUGCAGCCCAGGUUAGCAUAAGGAUCAAGUUGAAAUUCACUGGGGAAAUCCUUUGAAAGAAGUAACACCCUCAUUAAUAGUACAGUGGAUUUUACUUCAGAGAUAAGGGAGAAAGGGGUGACAGCAAAGUUGAAGAACGCCUAAUAAUACCUCAACCUAAAUGCUAUACUGUACUCAGUACUCUGUGGCUGCCAUUUCCCUUGCAUGACCAACUGUCUAGAUUUAUCCAGGACUUUCCCAUUUUUACAAAGUUCUACAUCCUGGGAAAUUGGACCAAGUGGUACAACUGGUCAUCUCCUCUUGCCACUCUUUGUGAACCAACUGUGACCAUCCCAUGUGCCACCUUACUCAGAGGGAAUGGUUGUAACAAAUCCCUCUGUAAUAUAACACCAGUGUGAUUGUACUUAGUACAUUUUUAUACAUGUAUCUUUCAUUGAUCGACUGGAAAUACACUUUUUAAAAAAAAAAAAAAAAAAGGUUUU